UAUUGAACACAACUACCCUAGUCAGUUAAGAUGGUAGUCGUUACGGUAGUGGUGGUGGCACAAGUGAUGUCAUUGAUAUCAAUUUAGUUAAAACGUUCAACGGAGAAGGCAUACAUAAGAAGAAAAUCAAUUUUCAUAAGCAAUUGUGUCUGUGAGAGUGAAAAUUUAUCUUAUCAACUGCUCCUCAGUGCCGAUUAGAGAUAUACAAAUGUUACAUUGCUUAUUAGCGGCGAACAAUUGAUAAUUCAUAUACAUAUACCAUUUUCUUCCUCUCAAUAACUAUACUUCUUUCUUUGUUAGUCUUUCCAUUUUCUUUCUCUGUUUGUUCCUAUGAUUCUUUCUCUCCUCCUUGUUUGUUCGUAUGCAUCGGAGUACCUUCAUUUUAUUACGAAUGAAGCUACCGAAGAACGAGAUAGUUCGUCGAAGAAAAUACGAGUCGAUUGUCGCUCGAUCGAAAAUCACCGGGUAACUUUGUUCUGAAUAAUUAAAAGUACGACUAUAAGCGCAUCAAGAAAUAUGCAGAGUUUGUAAGUUUGUGUUGUGCAAUAUUCGCGAAGGGUUGUAACAAUGUCUAAGAAGACUGCCUGUAACAAAAUGUUGGUUCAUCAGUUGUCAGCUGUAUUACCUGAUGAUAGACCCAUUACAUCUAUAAGAGUUGUUGAAGAUAUAGAUAAAUGUCCACCAAAUUUUACAGUGGUUUCAAGAACAUAUGAUCAGGACACUGAUGCCGACUUAUGGAGAGAAAGUGGACUUUUCAUAAAAAAGAAGGGCAGAUAUAUUUGUUUUUCCAAGACUGAAGGGUUACCUCAGUGUGUGGUUGAAGACAUAGUAGUUAUUAAUGAAAGAGAUUCUCCUCCAGAAGGAUACAGCAUGAUUUCUAAUACUGUUGAUUCAAUGCAGAAGGCAUGGAGGAAGAAGCAGUUGUGCUAUAAAAUUAGAAAUAAGGAUCUAUGCUCGAAAGCAGUUACAGAUAUUAUUAUAUGUAGUAGAAUUAUGAAUAAGGUCUAUACCUCCAACAUGGCUCCAAAUGGAUUUAUUGCUGCUGGUGUCAUAAAUGGAGUUUGGGUUUGCUACAAAACUGUAGAUAUUGUAAAUGGGAAUACAAAUUCACAAUCGUAUGUUAAUAUAGAUUUACUUCAAAGUGCUUCCCCAAAUCCAUCAAACGGAACACCUCAUAGGGUACCCCCUGAAAGGCCACCAAAACCAAAGUUUUCACCAAAACCAACAAAUGGAAUUUAUCCACAAAUUUCUGGGAGUGGGGGAAAAGAUUUAGAAGAAUCUAGCGAUAGAGAUUAUGAAAUUUUAAGUCCCGAUGCAAAAAUUAAACCUACGAGACCUGCUCCACAACCACCGACAACGGUAGUUGCAGGUGCUUCAUCAAUUUAUGGUACACUGCCAGGAUCUUCAGAUUUAGAUGGAGUUCCAUUUGUUCUUAACCCUCGUCUUAAUGUUCAAUCUGAUUCUUCAAAUACUAAACUUCCUGUAAUUAAAGUUUGGACUCAAAAAGACUUGGAUAAGGAGUUCUUUUAUGACUUUCGUGCGGAAAGGGAAACUUGAAGAAACCACUGUGCCAAAUUGUGUGAUUCUUCAUGCAAUUUUUCAGCUAUAUCUAUACAUUUGUAUUGAUAAUAUAGCGCUAGCCAAGUGUAAUAGAGUGCCUGAACGAGUGAUUCAUACUAACCUGCGAAAAUGGAAUCCUUUUAACAUUUACUGGUGAGAUGUUCGAAUUUAAAUAAUGUCCAUUUUCUGAAGUACUUUUUCUUCUGUGUCCUAUUUAGAUUUUGAUACCAGUGACAGUUAGCAUUGUAUUUUUAUAGAGUUGCGUUGUAUUUUUAUAGAUAGUAGAAGUUAUAUAUAUUAUAUAUAAUUGUAUCAUAUGUUCUAGUUGUUUAUAAAUCGUCACAAGAUAUUUAACAUUGUACUGGUGUACUCCUAUUUCUUAAUCAAACGCAAAAAUCUUUCAAUAAAGUCAUUUUUAAUUUUAUUUCCAACAAUAGAAGAAA